ACAAAAGGCUGACAUUCUCGUUUCAUGACGAGCCACCACCUCCAACGUUUGAUGACAUUUAUGAUCCACAGACAGAUGCUAUGUCUGAAUGGGGUGCUCUUGAGUCAGAACUGAAUGCAAUAGGAGCACCAGCAACAACAGCAACAUCUGCUCCUGCUCCAGCUCCUACUGCUCAGUCAGAGUACAUAAUAAUACCACCACCAGCACCAACAGGAGGAGCAGGUACCCGCCCCCAGCCAGGGGUACAACCCCCUUUCCCCUUUCACCCUCCCCCUCCAGCCAACCCUAGCCUUCCUCCCUCCUCAAGCUGGUUUGAUGAUUUAUCUGACAUCUUCUCAGGCAGUGGAACUCUUACUAGUCUGUACGGGAAUUAGCCUCAAUUCCCUCCCACAUUUGCCCCGCCCCCACUACUAAACCCGUUUGGUAUGGCCGGCCAGCCCCCUCCCCAUAAUUCCCCACCCCUCCUGUACAAGAAUCCUCCAUUACGAUGGAUCUUAUGGACGCUAUACAUAACCCACAGCAAAACACAACCACUGCUUACUUGAUAGGUAUGGGAAUGAGAAUGUCUGGUUUGGGAAUGGACCUCCUACUGGGUACGGAACAGGGCAGUUUUAAUUUGGAGGGGGCAUGGGUGGAUUUCCUGGCGGCCCUCAGCCCCCCUCCCCAGCCUUGGAUAUUUUCAGUUUACCGGCUAACCCCCUACUAGACAGCAAUUUCUCUCAGCCAUUCCUACCCACUAAUACCGGAGGGGCCAGACCCCCGGGAGGUGAACAGCCCCCCUAGGGGGCCGGGGCUAAAGGGAAAAUUGAUGCAUUUUCUGAUCUGGUCUCAAUAGCUCAUGACAAAACAACAUCAAAACCAGAACCAGCCCCUCCCACAAUAUUCCGAGGUCCACCCACUAACACCGAAGCCCAGCCCCUCUAUCAUACCGUCCACCUUAUUUAGACUUCACUGAUGCCCCGCCCACUACUUCUGGCCGGCCCCUUCUGGGUUUGAGGAUACUUUUGGUACGUUGCCCCCGGGACGGGGGGCGGUUUUGGAGGUGGCACGGGUAUAUUUGGUGAUUUUUUUACUAGCCGUGGGGGUGGGCUGCCCCUCUCCCAUUUCUAGCUGAUUCCUGGAUGUCUUUUAAUUAAAAACAUUAAAAUACUAAUACAUGUACAUGUACACUUAUAUACAUGUACAGCAGUGGCGUAGCUAGAAUAAAUGAACAAA